CGCUGCUCGACCCGUAAACUGUUUAGUUUACCGACCGACGGGGAAACGGGGGUCGGGCUGGGGACUCCGAUACUGAAAAAUGAGAGAAACCCGGACAGGAUGAACGGGGCCGUGUACAUUUCGUUUUUCCAGGGCCAGCUGGAGUCGGUUCUGGAGCAGGUGGUGCAGCUCGCGGUCCAGGAAAUCAGCAAAACCGUGGGGUCGAGUUUAAACGCGCUGCUACUAGAGACCGCGGCCAAGGAGCAGCAGAACCGCCGCCUGCGGGUCCAGCUUCAGCAGAACCGCCGCCGAACUGGAGCCGCACCAUUGGACGGCAGCGGGGCGCAGCCCGGCGGCCUCGUACCGGGCGUUCGGACCGACAGCAGCCGGCUGGAGCAGAGAGGACGAGUCGUGGAUCAACUAAAGUCCGUCUUGCAGAAGGUCCUGGACUUCGCCAUGUGCGAGCUGACAAAAAUUGUGGAGGCAUCAUUCGAUGAUCUCCUUCUGGAGAUCACCAAGUUGGAGGCGGAGCAGCAGGUGCUGGAGGAGCGUCUGGGCAGGAGCUCCAAACAAGGAGGAGGAGGAGGUCAGAGGAGGGGUUCAGCGAAUGACUCCAUAUCACCCAGCGGCUCAGAGGACACCAAGGAGGAGCUGAGCAAUGCCGCCAUGUGCGAGGAGCUGCGCAGCACAGACAGUACGAACACGCCGGCCAUCCUCUCUAUCUCGCAGGACUGGGUUCCUGUCCUGGACAAAGUCUUCAGUCAGAACUGGUCUAGAGAUGUAUGGCAGACCAAAGAUCUUGGGGUUGACAGUGGUGGUGGGCGGUGCCAUGGGGCAGGGGGGGCUGAGGCUUCAGAGCAGAACUCGACCCCCUCAGUGACUCUGGAGCCAGCGCCAUCAUCACCUCAGCAGGACCCCCGCUGGACGCCGCUGGAGGACAUGGAGGUGCUGUCCUCUGAUGACAAUUCUGCCGAGACCCAGAUGAGUGGUGGAGACAGAGCCGGCGUCAACAGGAAACAAGGGUCUGCUGGACACGCCCUGAGUCCUGAAGGGUGGGGCUCAUCUGCCUCCAUGCUCCAUCGCCUCCUCACGCUGCCAUCUCAGCUGCUGGAGGACUCAGAAAGCCCCGCCUCUAUGGAGGCUCCACCCACAAAAGAAACUGAAGGUACGAAUGAUCACCAUGAUGACAUCAAAGCACCUGGUCAGGCCUGUCCGCUGCCACUGACGACUAAAGAGGAGAAAGACCACAAGGACAGGAAGAAGAAGAGAAGGCGAGUUUGGUUGGAGUGCGAUGAAUGCGGCCGCAGGUUCAGCCGAGCGUCACUCCUCAAAGUCCACCGACAGACACACAGUUGCACCGCGGCCGAGAGCACGGCAGUGUCGUCUCUGCAGAGUGCCACUGCGGCAUCGGCCUUCCAGUCAUCCGUUUCAGAGUGUUCAGUGUGUGGGAAGCGGUUUUCCUCAGCCAUACGUCUGGAAAGUCACAUCCAGACACAGCAUCCGGGGCAACAGUCCUUAACAUAAAACCCAGGUCCUCUGGCCAGAACUGGAAUCUGAACCACACUGCUGAAACUGGAAAAUAAAAUGGAUCAGGACCACAACACAAAAACUUGAUCUAGACUGUAGAGGAUCUGUAGAAAAAUCCAGACGUCAGAGGAGCUGGAACUGUCCUGAGGUCAGUUUUGUGGUUGCUUAUUUAAAAAGAGAAAAAAAAAGACCUCAAUCUGUAAACAUGUUAAAGAUGCAGACGUGAAGAAGAAGAAAGCGUGAUUAACACGCAGUGUUUUCUGUUUGUGGCUUCCUGUCACCAUAACAACACCAAGCACGCACAGUUUGUUUACAUUAUUGCGUGAACCUAAUGAACAGUUUAAGACCGCCGCAGGUCGGAUCAGAGCGAUGUCUCCUCGCGGCAGCUGUUUUGAUCAGCGCGUGAUGACAUCACUCAGUGUUUCUCUUCAAAACCUUGUUCUGGCCAAGUUUUUCUUCUGUGUAGUUUGUUCUGUUAUUCUGCUGCCCCCUGUUGGUUGGGCUGGUAUUGUGUCUUUAGGGUGCAUUGUUAAAUAGAAGUGAUGGUAAA